AUGGGUCAGAAACAGACGUUGCCUCGGACGAGGACUCCCAAGCGUUCAAGGGAGCCAAAGCCACAGCAGCCAGAUCUUGAACCAGAACUCGAAUUCCCCAGCGAGGGCUACAAUGUAAGCCGGACUGGAUACUCGAACAUGCCGAGACCCUUCCUCGGCCGUAGGAUUAGCGAUAUUGUUGUCGAAUUCAGCAACAGGCACACAAGUGGCGUGAUGAUUACGACCGAGAACACGCUUCCCAAUGAGGUGACCCUCAAGCUCGUCUUCGAAAUACCCUACCGUGGAUACAAUGGCGUCCGCGUCCGCGUUUUGGCCGAUAUGUCGAUGAGCGCUAUCCAGAUCGAGGGAGUGCCGUCGCAACCAGGCAAGCUCCUGUUUCAGCCCUUUGACGUCUCCCACCAGUCGGUGCCGACAACUCGCACCUGUGACCUGGAGCUGGCAGAGGGGGUUACCUUGCACUACAUCCUGGCCGUGGUGGACAGUUGGGGCUUGCAGCAAUUUGCCUUCACCGUCCGGGACGGACAAUUUCGCGGCUGCCGUGACUUGAUGUAA